CUCUCUGGUAAAGGACAACUCAUUUCUAGGCAAGCGUUACAGAAAACCCUAUCUUGCUUGCUUUUCUUCUCUAAGCCUCCAUUCUUUCAAGCAUCGUCGUUUUUGUGAUCUGUGAGAAUGGCCGGCAAAGGUGAAGGACCAGCGAUCGGAAUCGAUCUUGGUACCACUUAUUCUUGCGUAGGUGUUUGGCAACACGAUAGAGUGGAGAUCAUAGCUAACGAUCAAGGCAACAGAACAACUCCGUCUUAUGUUGCUUUUACCGAUACUGAGCGCUUGAUUGGUGAUGCUGCCAAGAACCAGGUUGCCAUGAACCCCAUCAACACCGUCUUUGAUGCAAAGCGGUUGAUUGGUAGGAGAUUUACUGAUGCGUCAGUUCAGAGUGACAUCAAGCUCUGGCCUUUCAAGGUUGUUUCAGGACCUGGAGAUAAGCCCAUGAUUAUUGUCAACUACAAGGGUGAGGAGAAGCAGUUUGCUGCUGAGGAAAUAUCUUCCAUGGUUCUCAUUAAAAUGCGUGAGAUUGCUGAGGCUUACCUUGGCACCACUGUGAAGAAUGCUGUGGUCACUGUACCUGCCUACUUCAAUGACUCUCAGAGGCAGGCUACCAAGGAUGCUGGUGUCAUUGCGGGUCUCAAUGUCAUGCGAAUCAUUAAUGAGCCCACUGCUGCUGCCAUUGCUUAUGGUCUUGAUAAGAAGGCAACCAGUGUAGGUGAGAAGAAUGUCUUGAUUUUUGACUUAGGUGGUGGCACUUUUGAUGUGUCACUCCUCACAAUUGAGGAGGGUAUCUUUGAGGUCAAGGCCACUGCUGGAGACACCCACCUUGGAGGCGAGGACUUUGACAACAGAAUGGUGAACCAUUUUGUUCAGGAAUUUAAGAGGAAGAACAAGAAAGACAUUAGUGGAAAUCCAAGAGCUCUUAGGAGGUUGAGGACAGCUUGUGAGAGGGCAAAGAGGACCCUUUCAUCCACUGCUCAGACAACUAUUGAAAUUGAUUCUUUGUAUGAGGGUAUUGAUUUCUACUCAACCAUCACCCGAGCCAGAUUUGAAGAGCUUAAUAUGGAUCUUUUCAGAAAGUGUAUGGAGCCUGUGGAGAAGUGUUUGAGGGAUGCUAAGAUGGAUAAGAGCACCGUACAUGAUGUUGUCCUUGUUGGUGGCUCCACUAGGAUUCCAAAGGUGCAGCAGCUAUUGCAAGAUUUCUUCAAUGGAAAGGAGCUUUGCAAGAGUAUCAACCCAGAUGAAGCCGUUGCUUAUGGUGCUGCUGUCCAGGCUGCCAUCUUGAGCGGUGAAGGCAAUGAGAAGGUGCAGGAUCUACUGCUCUUGGAUGUUACUCCCCUGUCCCUUGGUCUCGAAACUGCUGGUGGGGUCAUGACAGUUUUGAUCCCAAGGAACACUACCAUUCCAACCAAGAAGGAGCAAGUUUUCUCUACCUACUCUGACAAUCAACCUGGUGUGUUGAUCCAGGUUUAUGAGGGUGAGAGAACGAGAACUAGGGACAACAAUUUGCUGGGUAAAUUUGAGCUCUCAGGCAUUCCCCCGGCACCAAGGGGUGUGCCCCAGAUCACUGUGUGCUUUGAUAUUGAUGCCAAUGGUAUCUUAAAUGUUUCUGCUGAGGACAAGACCACUGGCCAGAAGAAUAAGAUUACAAUCACCAAUGACAAGGGAAGGUUGUCCAAGGAAGAGAUUGAGAAAAUGGUACAGGAAGCUGAAAAGUACAAAUCUGAAGAUGAAGAGCAUAAGAAGAAGGUUGAGGCAAAGAAUGCUUUGGAGAAUUAUUCCUACAAUAUGAGGAACACAGUGAAGGAUGAGAAGAUCAGUUCCAAGUUGGCUGCUGCUGACAAGAAGAAGAUCGAGGAUGCCAUCGAUCAGGCCAUUCAGUGGCUAGACAGCAACCAACUUGCAGAGGCAGAUGAAUUUGAGGACAAGAUGAAAGAGCUCGAGAGCAUCUGCAAUCCCAUAAUUGCCAAGAUGUACCAAGGUGCUGGUGCUGACAUGGGUGGUGGCAUGGAUGAUGAUGCUCCUCCAGCAGGUGGCAGCGGUGCAGGUCCCAAGAUUGAGGAAGUUGACUAAGGAAUCUAUUCGAUGUUGUAGUAGGGUGAUGAAAAAAAUCAUUUGGCCGAUCUAUAUUGAUCGGCAUGAUUUUGUUGCUUUAGUUUCUAUUUUUAAUUAGUUUGCUAGACAUUAUCAUCUUUUCAGUCAUCCAUUUUUAUUUUCGAUUUUAUGCCAUUAGCGGGACAAAUUUUCUGAUGCUACAUUGGCGGCUUAAUGCUGCAUUAUUUAUAAAACAUUGGCAGGAAUUUAUUCCAA